UGGAACCUACAAGGUGAUGGAACGACCCUCAACCAGGACAGGGGGAUGCCCGUCUAGUAAAGCUGCCACCCCCUCGGCUGAGAGACUUUGUUUUUUAACUCCCCGGUGACAUUAGAGUUGGAGGGUUUCCGGCCGGAGGCCAUUAGAUAGGACAUCCGGAAGGCGGAAGUCCUAGGGCGGAAGUGGCCGAGAGGAAAGGAGAAUGGCGGAGGAGGGCUGGUUUUGGCGCUGGGGCUGGGGCCGGCGGUGCCCAGGGAGACCUGGGCUUCCUGGCCCCGGCCCUGGCCCCGUUACCCUUCUACAUCUUCUUCUGUUGCUGGCGUCAGUGGCUGCGGAUAUAACCGACGGCAACAGUGAACACCUCAAGCGGGAGCAUUCGCUUAUCAAGCCCUACCAAGGGGUUGGUUCCAGCUCCAUGCCUCUCUGGGACUUCCAAGGCAGCACAAUGCUUACGAGCCAGUACGUGCGUCUGACCCCCGAUGAGCGCAGCAAAGAGGGCUCUAUUUGGAACCAUCAGCCUUGCUUCCUCAAAGACUGGGAGAUGCACGUCCACUUCAAAGUCCAUGGCACAGGGAAGAAGAAUCUCCAUGGAGAUGGCAUCGCCUUGUGGUACACCCGGGACCGCCUUGUACCAGGACCUGUGUUUGGAAGCAAAGACAACUUCCACGGCUUAGCCAUCUUUCUGGACACAUACCCCAAUGAUGAGACCACUGAGCGUGUGUUCCCGUACAUCUCAGUGAUGGUGAACAAUGGCUCCCUCUCCUAUGACCAUAGCAAAGAUGGACGCUGGACUGAGCUGGCAGGUUGCACGGCCGAUUUUCGCAACCGGGACCAUGAUACCUUCCUGGCUGUGCGCUAUUCCCGGGGCCGUCUGACGGUGAUGACUGACUUGGAGGACAAGAAUGAGUGGAAAAAUUGCAUUGAUAUCACGGGAGUACGUCUACCCACCGGCUACUAUUUUGGAGCCUCAGCUGGCACUGGAGACCUGUCUGACAAUCAUGACAUCAUCUCUAUCAAGCUGUUCCAGCUAAUGGUAGAGCACACACCUGAUGAGGAAAACAUCGACUGGACCAAGAUAGAGCCUGGUGUCAACUUCCUCAAGUCACCUAAAGAUAACGUGGACGACCCCACAGGGAACUUCCGCAGCGGGCCCCUGACAGGGUGGAGGGUGUUCCUGCUGCUGCUGUGUGCGCUCYUGGGCAUCAUCGUCUGUGCCGUGGUGGGUGCUGUGGUGUUCCAGAAGCGCCAGGAGCGGAACAAGCGUUUCUACUGAGCGCCUGGCGUGGCAGGAAGAAGCUGAUAUUGGCCCAGGCGCUAAUGUGAACUGUUUUUUUUUACUUGGAUUGUAAAAGAAAAUAAGACGACCUUAUUUCUUAACUGUUUCAAAGAAAUGAUUAAAAGUAUUUUCGUACAUUUUGCUUCUUGCCCAGCAGGGACAGGUGGCAGGCCCAGGAUUGGGAUGUAGCAACUCCACAGCUGGAGAUGAGCCUCUUGCCCUGGGGUGGCAUCUCAGGAGUAGGGGCUUCUGUACCUGGGGCGGAGCUGAGGCCCUACAGGUGGCYGUUGAACACUGGAGGGGCCCCCAGACCACAUUGGGGUGGCUCCUGAGGACCCAGAGCAGUGGUGUUGUCCUAAGGUGUGUGUUGUGUGUGGUGGCAGACAAGGCCCAGGUGGGGCACAUGAGCCUUCCUGUUCCCUGCGCUUCUCAAGGCAGACUCAGGUGAUACUGGAGGAGCUGCUCGGUGGGGCCCAGAGUGUGACUAUUUGCUAAAUAAAGUGGAAUAGCCAACCUCAGCCGUGUGACGCCCUGAGGGGCUUGCUUUUCUUUUUCUUCUGAUAACUUCCAACUGGCCACUGCAUUGCAGCUUUCAGCCUUUGCUAUCUAUCUCCCUGUGCUUCAGGGCCCCCAUGAAAGAAUGGGUUAGGGAAGACUUGGGGYCCUACGCAGAGGGUGUGACCUCAGCCCAGGCUCAAGGCUAGGCCAAGACAGUGGUAGGAGGGUACAGUGACAAUCUAGGGGGUUUGGGUUGACCUGGAGGGUCAGGAGGACAGGUUGGGGACAGCAGUCAUAUUCCUUUGGUUUCCUUAAGAGAACAAAGAUGAUAACAGUGGAAGGAAGCCUACUGCUGAAGGGAGAGCAUCACCAUGUGUCAGCCUUCAGGUCACCUCCACCCAGGUCACGGCCUGCUGCAGUGCGUCCCUGCCCAGUCCAAAUCUGACCCCAGAGAGACCUUGCCAGUUCUCUCUCUUCUUCAUCUCUUUCCCACACAGUUCUGUAACAUUUGGGUCUUCAG